AUGAAUUUCCUGCGAAGGCGCCUCUCAGAUAGUAGUUUUGUGGCCAACUUGCCAAAUGGUUACAUGAUGGACCUUCAGCGUCCUGAUAAUUCCACCAGCAACCCUGUUUCCCCUGCGAUAGAGAGGAGACAGCAACCUAUACAGCAACCUGCUCCUCUUUCUUCUGGUACCAGCAUCUUUAGUUCCAUCUCCAGUGCCAUGAAGCAGACCACACAAGCAGCUGCGGGACUCAUGGAGCACUCACCAAGCCCUACCCCAAUAGCCCAGCAGAAACCUCAAAUCCUCCUGGUAAUUGAUGAUCCACACACUGAUUGGGCUAAAUAUUUUCAAGGGAAGAAAGUGAAUGGGGCAUUUGAGAUCCGAGUGGAACAGGCAGAGUUUUCGGAACUGAACUUGGCUUCAUAUGUAACUGCUGGCUGUAUGGUGGACAUGCAGGUCAUAAGGAAUGGCACCAAAGUAGUCAGCAGAUCCUUCAAGCCUGACUUUGUUCUCAUCCGGCAGCACGCUUACAGCAUGGCACUAGGAGAAGACUUUCGCAGCCUCAUCAUUGGCCUCCAAUAUGGCGGAGUUCACAGUGUCAAUUCUCUUUUCUCUGUCUACAAUUUUUGCAGCAAACCCUGGGUGUUCUCUCAGCUAAUUAAAAUCUUCAAUUCUCUGGGUCCUGAGAAGUUCCCUCUUGUGGAGCAAACAUUCUUCCCAAGUCAUAAACAUAUGCUUGCAACUCCAGCUUUUCCCGUUGUCAUCAAGCUGGGACAUGCUCAUGCUGGAAUGGGAAAGGUGAAAGUGGAGAACCAGCACGACUUCCAAGACAUUGCAAGUGUGGUAGCCAUGGCCAAAACAUAUGUCACAACGGAGACUUUCAUCGACUCCAAGUACGAUAUCCACAUCCAGAAAAUUGGCAACAAUUACAAAGCUUACAUGAGGACAUCGAUCUCUGGAAACUGGAAAGCAAACACUGGUUCUGCCAUGUUGGAACAGAUCGCCAUGACUGAGAGAUAUCGACUCUGGGCAGAUUCUGUUGCAGAGAUGUUUGGAGGCCUUGACAUUUGUGCAGUCAAAGCUGUCCACAGCAAGGAUGGAAAAGAUUAUAUCAUUGAGGUGAUGGACAGCUCAAUGCCUCUGAUAGGGGAGCAUGUAGAAGAAGACAGACAGCUAAUUGUGGACCUGGUUGUCUCCAGAAUGGCACAGGCCUGCAUGAGUGUGGGAUCUUCCCCUUCACCUCUGCGUCCUUGGCCUCCGUCAAUGAAGUCACAGAUGCAAACUCAGGCAGGACCCCAACUUGGGCCGCUUUUCCAGCCCCGACCGCCUCCUCAAGGAUGCCCACGCCAGCCUCAGGGAUCACAACCAGCACGGACAGGAACUCCACCCCAGCAACGGCUCUCUCCGCAGGGUCAACAACCUCUGAGCCCCCAGUCCAGCUCACCACAGCAACAGAGGUCACCUGGAUCUCCCCAGCAGACUAGAUCAUCCGCUGGAAGCUCACCAAGCCAGCCUUCCAAACCAGGCACCUUUCCCCCACAGCAGGCUAGACCUCCAGCCCAAGGGCGGGCUCCAAGCCAGCAAGGUUCCAGUGAGCCAGCCAGGCAGCAGGCCCCUCCUCAUCCUCAUCUAAACAAGUCGCAGUCCCUGACAAACACCUUCAGCCUCUCAGAAUCUUCACAGCGGGGAAAUGCCAACGAAGACGAGGCAAAAGCCGAAACCAUCCGCAACCUAAGGAAGUCGUUUGCUAGCCUGUUUUCUGAUUAAUCUCUCAGCCGAAAGCGAGAGCAAUUGGGGGGGAGGGGGUUGCCUUGUAUGUUUUUGCAAAUUCCUCUCUUUUUAUAUUAACUGAGCCGGUCUUGUCCUCAAACUUAACUCAAUAGCACCUACCACAUAGUUUCUUGUAAACCUGUUCACACAUACAACAAAAAAAGACAGUAUUGUGCACCAAUAAGCUCCUAGGCACUUACUUGCAUCCAAGUAUUUCCCGUAAUAUCAGAACAAUGUGGAUACACUUGCAUAAGCACAGUAUGUGCAUUCUUUACCCCCUGCCUCAGGUUUGAGUAAAGCCCAUUCAUUAGAAGGUCUCCAUCUUCUGGUACAUGUGAAGUGCUUUUAAGUGCUACUUAGGCCAAGGGUGAGGAACCAUUUUCCUGUCCAGAGCCACAUUCCAUUGGAGGCAAUUUGAUAGCGGCGGGCCACACCAUCAGCGGACAGGGCCAUCCUUUUCUCUGCCACCCCCUUUACUGGGCUCUCCCCCCUUCCCCCCCACAUGAAGUUAGGCCAAGGUCUGUAUGUGGAUCUUGAGCCACAGGUCACUCAACUGAUUUACUUCAUGUAAAACGCUUUCCUACAUAACCCCAGUGGAAGAACUACCAUCCCUCCACACUCAAAUGAGAAUUUUUCAGGACAUUUUUAUACAAUUCUUGCAGAAAAAAAUAUAUUUUGACAUAACGAAGGCAGAGUCUUCUUGGCAGGCACAUUAAAAACAUGACAGAAUUGUUAACCCUGUCUUAAACAUGUAAGAGGCAGAGCAGUUUCAGCAGUCUGCUGAAGUGUUUGAUAGCCAUAGGCAUUCUAAGCUUUUUGCAGCAGAUGCAAAUGGGAGAUCCAAUACCAUAGCACGUUAUGAUUGUAAGCUUCUCAAAUUGGAGGAAGACGUGAAUAAGUUAAAAUACACACAUGGGGAAAUAUGCAAGCUUCUGAAUUAUAGUUGCUAGCAAUUCAAGUUUACUACAAUGUAAAACAGCUAUAACUUAUUCCAGACAGGGAACAACUGAAAGAUCUUUGAACUGCACCAGGGCUAGAAUCUCACACCCAUUGUCUGAAUCUCAAAAAAAACCACAGCAUGACAGUGGAGCUAACUGAAGCAAUCAACUCAGAAGUGGAUUGGGAAGAAAUUUACAAGAAAUUGACAGUUCAACGGGGAAAGUGAGCAUCCAUCCUCUACCCCACCUAAUAACCCACUGGCAACACAGAAGGUGUUUGGUUAGCAGUGCCUCAAGGCAGGAAAUAGAAGUUUGCUUCUCAUCAGAAUUAGGCCUUAGUCCAGCAAGACCGGGUAAUGUCAAGUGCAAGAUAAGGGUUUGGAGGGGGGAAAGCCCACUGCCAGAAUUCUAGCUGUCCCAUUCUCAUUUUAAAACCAUAUAAAUUUACUUCCUUUUUACAGUAUUAUCUAUGCAACACUGACAUAAAAAGGACUUCAGACAGAAGCAAAAGUCAACCCUCUAAAAUGAUGGCUAUCACACAGUACAUCAUUUGCACUCUAGAUUAGACCCAAGUGUGUGAUGGAAGCAGGUUAUAUUUACUCAAUUUUUUAAAACAGCCAUUCUGCUGCAAAAUUUUACUUAAUUGUCAGUUCUGGUGCUACUUACAUGCACUCUGCAAAGUCUGCCAUAUGGCACACUACAUUAUACUUAGGCAAACACUAAGAAAAGCAAAAGCCAUCACUGCAAGUGUUUUAAUUUUAGUAACAAUCUGGAUCGUAUUGAUACUCUGAAGAACAGUUCAGCAUUUGAAACAUGAAUGGCUAGGUUGUGGAAUCCUUCCAUUUAAAGGAAGCCGUUUUUGUCAGGCACAGUGGUAUGCCAAGUUAUGCUGGGCUGAGUUUUCAUAGUAGUGUGAUCUCAAAGGCUUCCUGUUUUUUCAACAAAGCCAUUUCUUUAAUUUUCCCGUGUCACAAAGGACAGCAAUAUAGCUCUAUCCCAUACUUUGCUUGGGCUGCUUGGAACUGUGAUCUCAAAAUAGUUUUAUGAAGGCAGAAUUUGAAAUCUGAACAGACUAGUCCUUUAGAAAUUGCUAGUGCAGGGCUUUCCCUGCACCAGCACAUCAGAGGGUAGGUAUUGCAGCUGGAAGUGUUGAAAUCCAUUUCAAAACACAAGCAAGUUACUUUUAACCUACCUCAAAAUGAUAUAACAACUUACAUAUUCUUCUUCAUAAGGGCUGCUAUACAAGUGAUAAAGUGCUCCUCCCAGAACAAGCUACCUUGCCAGAAAAGGGCCCACCUACAUCAAUGAAGUACUUGCUGGGGAGAAUGCCCUCAGAUUUUAUCUACCCAGUGUUUGAACUGCAAAUAGGCCUAGUAGAAGCCUGCCGCUAUAGCAGAAAGCUCUUAGAAGUAUAACUAGAAAGGACCGGUUGUUUGGUGGCACAUCAGAACUGCACUGCUUUAUUCAAGCAGUAUUUAGCACCAACUUGGAUGUGGUCUCAGCUGAAAGAGUUUAAGCUGGUUAUAUCAUUUUAUCCCAUUAUAAGCUAGCAUUAACUAUAAGUCUGUGCACACAAAUUUAAUAAUCCAAUAGCACUCCGUGCCUCACUGAAGAUGUGCAAGAAGUAUCAAGGGCCACUUCUGAAAGUGCCAUGUCUAACCUUUUAACCCUGCACAAUUAGAAAGUGUCAUCCCUAAAAACUGAAUUUGCUAAUUGCUGGAGCAAGUUUAGUGAAGAGACGAGGACCAUAACUGAAAUGCUACUGCCCAACUACAAACCCCAUUCUUAAUUCAUGCAUUUAACACAGUAUGCAGUCUGUACACACCCAGAAACCUUAGCACUUGGCGAUGUGUAUGUACAGCUGCAAUCAUACAAAAAAAGGUCAUUUCUAUUUCCUUCCUCUAACACAGCACUAU